AUGGAGGCCUCCGCCGCCGCCGCGCCCCCGCCCGCCGCCGCGCCCGCCCCGCCCGACUCGGGCCCCGCCCCCGCACCCGCACCCUCCCGGCACCCGACCGUGGCCGACGUGGUGGCGGCGACCCCCACGUCGGGGCCAAGCGGCGGCGGGCGGGCCUCGCACCGCCUCCUCCCGCCUCCCCGGCUCCCGCCCCGGCCCCCGUCCCCGCCCCGGCGCCCGCCCCCCACCGCGCCCGCCCCCAAGAAGAGUCGGCCGAAGGCGGGCUCCCGUGGGCCGCGAGGGGCUUCCUCCAAGGUCGCCGGCUCGUCCCAGGCCGUGAAGAAGCCGCGGAAGAAGCCCGCGGCCCCGCCCGCCGCCGUCGCCGAACCUCGUCCCGCCGCGCACGAGGUGUUCGAGGAAAUGGCAACCCCAUCCUCGUUCAUGGACCUCCUCCAAAACGCGGAGGUGGACCUCGGGGCUCCACGUCUAGAACCCUUUAGGGUUGGUGACGACUUGGAGGAAGAUGAGGAGGAUGAAGGGGAUGACGAGGAGGAGGUGGCCGAGAUAGGGGAGGAGGCAUUCAUCGCCGCUUCCCGCCCACACGCGCGGUCGACAAACUACACCGAGGCGGAAGAUAUCCUCUUGGAGACAAUUGUCGGCAUGAGGUACAAGGAGAUGGCCGCUUCCAAGGGCAAGCCAUUCCCAUUUAAGCAUGUUUGGGCAAUUCUUCAAACCUUUGACAAGUGGAAGUUGAGGGAUCAAGAGACCGCACCCAAGAAGUCGGCAAUGCUUAGGAUGAAUGAUAGUGAAGAUGAGGAGGAGAGGAACUUGGGCAAGCCCGAGGGAACCAAGAAGGGCAAGCUAAGGGCGAAGAUGGAAGGAGAGACGUCAAGCCUAAGGGAGAAGAUGGAGCACAUGAUGAAGACAAGAGAGGAAUUGACAACGAAGACAUUGGAGACGAAGCUUCUUAUCACCGAGAAGAAGAAAGAGGUCAAGCUUGCACAAGUUGAAGCAAAGCGUGAAGAAGCAAAGCGCAAGGCCGACUUGGAGGAGAGGAUGAUCAAGCUCAAAGAGGCAAAGGUAUGGAAAGAACUCAUGAUGGAAGAGAAGGAGCACAUGAUGAUGUCCAAGAAGGACAUGGAUGAAGACCAAUUGCAAUGGUGGAAGGACUAUAAGGAGGACAUCGCAGAGAGGAAGAGGAUGUUCCGUGGUGCGUCCUCUACUUUUUAA